UUCACGUUUACAGAAUUGAUUUUUUAUCCAACUUGCCGCAAACAAAAAUGGAUCAUCACAUCCAAUCCAAUUAUUUUACACUCCUUAUCCAUUGUUUCAUAACACUCAACACUCACAAAAAGACUCUUUUUGCACUUGGCAAAAAUAUUUUGUUAAAAAUGGCUCUUCUCAACGUAUCAUUGUGCACCAAAAUCCCUCCAAAACCUCCUCUCUCGUUUUCCUCUACUAAACCUCAUCUCUCAAUUCCUCACUCUCUUUCUCUCAAAUCCCAAGUAAUCCCACUUCUCAGUGCCACAGUUACCAUGUUUUUCAUCCUUUCGAUAUUUUUUAUCCAAAGUUAUUCAUGUCCCUUGCCAUUUUCCUUUUUACAGGGUGCUUUAACCAAGCAAGUGGUUCAAGAUUUGGCUAAGACAAGCUUGCUUGCUGUUUUUUCUGCUUCUGUAUUCUUUAUUGAUCCUGCACUUGCAUUUAAGGGAGGUGGUCCUUAUGGUUCUGAAGUGACGAGGGGCCAAGAUCUCACUGGCAAGGAUUUUAGCGGCAAGACUUUAAUCAAACAAGAUUUUAAGACGUCUAUACUUCGACAAGCCAAUUUCAAAGGUGCAAAAUUGUUGGGAGCAAGUUUCUUUGAUGCUGAUUUAACAGGAGCUGAUCUUUCAGAUGCUGACCUUAGAGGUGCAGAUUUUUCGUUGGCAAAUGUGACUAAGGUAAAUUUGAGCAAUGCUAACUUGGAAGGUGCACUUGCUACUGGAAAUACAUCUUUCAAAGGUUCAAAUAUAACUGGGGCAGAUUUUACAGAUGUGCCCUUGCGAGAUGACCAAAGGGAAUACCUCUGCAAAAUUGCUGAUGGGGUGAAUCCAACAACUGGAAAUGCUACACGCGAUACGCUACUUUGCAGCUAGUUCUUUUUUGUAUCCUUGUACUGAAGCAUAGAGAAAAAUACAUCUGCAUUGCUGCAUUUGUGUUACAGCUGCGAUUUUCAUGCGAACUGAGGUUUGUACAUUACUUUAUUGUAAAUAAAUAAAUUAUCUAAUCAAUACUAUUUUUUCUUUUCCA